AAAUAAUGUGCAUGUAUACGCUUUGUGGUAACAAGUGGACGAUAAAUACGUGUCCUUAUUUUUUGUUCUACUUAGCAAUAACUUGCCCGCUAGUUGUCAUGCGCAUUGCACCUAACAACGCUAACAAUAAUGGCUGCUACUGUGUUGGUUGUCUGAACAAAGUCGCAAGAUACAUUUCAGGAGGACAAAAUGAGCAGCAGAAACAAGAAAGUUAGGGUGUGGGGCCGAUUCAGGCCAACCGCAAAUUUUGCUCAUGAAAAUAUUGAGCUGUUACCUGACAACAAGGGUGUCAAUGUGCACAUGCGACGAGACCCCAAGAAAGGUGUAGUCAAUAACCAAAUUUUGGACUGGUCUUUCAAGUUAGAUGGAAUUUUUAGCAAUGCUGAUCAAGACACAGUAUACAAUACCGUGGCCUCUGAUAUUGUUAGAGGAUCACUGGAUGGGUAUAACGGUACACUGAUGUGCUAUGGGCAGACAGGAGCUGGCAAGACAUUUACCAUUACAGGAGCAACUGAAAGUUAUCGCCACAGAGGCCUCAUCCCUCGUGCUAUUUCCCAGCUUUUCAAGCAAAUUGAGGAAAGACUGGAGUACAGUAUUACUGUUAGAGUGUCGUACAUGGAGAUCUACAAUGAAGGCAUGUUUGAUUUACUGAGCUCUUUGCCUGAAGCAACUUGGAACAACAACAGCAAAGACCCCUAUGCUACUCCAGAUCCCAUGGUUGUCACAGAAAACCAAGAUGGAGUAUUUGUCAAAGGUCUCUCGUGCCAUUUGGCCCAGAACGAGGAAGAAGCUUUGAAUCUUCUCUUUGAGGGUGAGACAAACAGGUCCAUUGCUGCUCAUCAACUGAACAAACAGUCCUCAAGAUCCCAUUGUAUCUUUACAGUCUACCUUGAGUCAAGAUCAAGGACUCAGUCCAAUGCCAAAUACACGGUGUCCAAGGUGAACUUUGUGGAUCUUGCUGGAUCUGAGAGGCUCAGCAAAUCAAAGUCGGAAGGAAAAACGAAAGAGGAGGCCAUGUACAUCAACAAAUCUUUGUCCUUCCUGGAGCAAGUUGUGAUAGCCCUGGCUUCUCGCACCCGUGACCAUGUUCCGUUCAGGCAGUCCAAGCUCACCCACUACCUGAAGGACUCCAUCGGAGGGAACUGCAACACGUUACUGGUUGCCAAUAUGUGGGGGGAGCCAGCCCAACUGGAAGAAACGGUGUCCACGUUGCGUUUUGCCACCAGGAUGAUGUGUGUGGCCAGCGAACCAGCCGUCAACGAAGUCUAUGAUCCUGCGUUGUUGGUGAAGAAACUCCAGAGAGAAAUUCAGCAUCUGAAGUCAGAGCUGGCAAUGCACGACACUUUGACAAACCGUAGCAUGGUGUGGUAUGACCCUCUGUCGGAGCAACAGAAGUAUGAGAUCCGAACUCAAGUCAAACGUUACCUGGAUGGAAGUCUUGAUGAAAUCGAUAUCGUGAACAUACGGCAAAUUGUUGGAACUUUUGAGUCCUUUAGAGAGUUGUAUCUGGACAUGGAGAAGGACAUGGAAGCCCGGCUGAAGGAGAAGUACAUGCUGAUUGACAAGAACGACCCAGCAUCCAUCGCGGCCGCCCAGCAGGACUUAACCUUGAUGCUAGAUGCCCAUGAGAACCCAGCGAGUGAGGCUGGUGUACCCAUUGCUGAUGAUGGUUCCCUCGUCGGUGAUCUGGAGGGUGGAAAUUUUGGACUGGGUACGGCGCCGAAAACAUCCAAGGCCGACUCCUCCGCUGUUGUCCAGCUGAAGAAGAAAGAGAGGGAGAGAGACAGAAAGCGUGGAUCACGGGGAGCCACGAGCCCUGUAGCUGGAAAAACAGCUUCCAGCCCAUCCCACAGUGCAAAGGGUGAGCGCAAGAUUGAGUCUCCGACAACACCUGGAGGCGAGAGGGCAGACAAACCGGAGAAAGAUCUGGAAGGUUCUGCUUCCCCUGUCAGCUCUGCCGGGAACCUGUCUCGUUCGGAGAAAGUCCAGAGACCCAGUAGAUUGGCAGAGGAUGCUGAAAGUGGAGUAGGUGAGGAGGGUGAGGAGCCUGCCGAGGAAGAGGAGGAACAUGCAGAUGGACCUCCGACUGACACUCCGCCAAGUAGAACUUCAGCCUUUGAAGAUUUUAAAGCUGAGAAGGGCAGUGAGAUCAACAGAGUACUCAUUGGAAACAAAGAGGAACUGGCUAAGAGGAAGAAAGCGUACUCUGAUCUGGCUAAGGACGUGAACAACAUCAAAGUUUCCAUUGACCAAACUAGGCAAAAGCUGGAACAGCUUAGACAAAUUAGGGAAGCUGAGGGCCCGAUCCUGAACGAGGAUGGUGACAUCAUCAUCAGUGAGGAGGAGUUCAUGGAAAUCCAGCGGCUGAAAGACCUCAAGAUCAGCUACCGCAGCAAGUAUGAUCAGCUGCAUAACGGCAAGUCGGAGGUUGUCUACUGUCAGAACAUGGUGGACCAAUGUCGGCUCAAGCUCAUACAAGAGUUUGACAACUGGUACAGCGAAAGUUUUCUCUCGGCAACUGAUGAGAGCCAGACAAGUCUCGGGGUCGGCAUCGGCGGUAGACCGGGAGUCAUUGUGCCCAUCACAAGCCUGGCGACGGAGGAUGAGCAGGAGAAGUUUGAGCGUCUACAGCUGGAACUGAUGAUGAACAACCCUGACUCAGCGGCUUUCUACAAUGCUCAGAUGAGGACCUCGAGAAGGAAAAUCUAUGGAUCUGCAAUGAGCCAAGCACAGCCAGCCUACAGACACCAGCCUGGAACCCCCACCAAGAAUGUCCUGAACAGACCACCAAACAUGCUGCAAGUCCAGUACUGAAUGACUGAAUGGCUUCUCUCAGUCAUGUACUGGUGGAUCCCCAGCCUUUGUUUACAAGAGUUUAAUGAAAUAAAUCAUAGUUAUGUAAUGGGAUCUGAAAAGUCAAAUUUAGAUGCUUCAUCUGAAUCACUCAGUCUCCAAAUGUUAAUGGAGCUCAAGAGUUGGAUUCUACCAAGUUCUGUUGAAGAAGAAAGUACACCAAAAAAAAAAUGUCCAGUAUAAACUAAGGAGUUUUGUUGACAAUCUUCACGUACAAAGUCCACUUCCAGAAUAAAAGAAAAAAAAUAUAACUUAUCAAAUUUUCUGAUAACAGACAAAGUUGUAGGAUGUUCAGAGAUAUUUUAUAGUUUGUACCCAUCGUUUUAAUCUUAUUUGUUUUCUAUCAUUUGUCAUAAGUGCCUGUUAAGGUUUUGCCAUCUUUGGACACAAGACCUUUAAAAAAUAAAGAAACCAUCUCAGCACGAAGAUUUCAUCAGCAUGUGUAUCAGAUGCUUAAUGUUUUGCUAAUUUGUCAAUUUGUGAAGCAAGACUUUAUUAUAAGUGAAACGCGUUUUUAACUUAAAAAAAAAAAAUCUUCAUGCUAUGUUUGCAGUAGUUAUCGUGUGAGUGUGCAUGUGAGAAAGGGAGGAUUGUACUCCUUGCCUAAGUAUUAAAUCAGAGGCUGAAUGUCUUUGUUUAGGCAAUAAUGAUUCACUUAUUUAUUCCAAUGUCUUAAUGUUUCUUUCCCUAAGCAAAUCACAGUUAUUUUAGGAGAAAGCUUGAAAGAUGAGCACAGAUAUACUGGCACCAAAACAUUUUUAUAUAUCUAUGUCAGCAGACUGUUCUGAUGUAUAUACAUUUAUUUCAUGCCUCAUUACGUUCACCUAGCAACGAUUAAGCUGAGUCCAUCCAAAGCAUUGUUGAUUGUUUUGUUUGGUGACGAGUUUGUUAAUCAAGCUUUGACGUGUUUCCUUUUUGUCCGAGUCUUCGUUGAACAUUGUGUAUGAAGCAUCUGUGACCGAUGAGGGUACACAUGUUAGGAUUGCUGUGAUGUCAACACAGAAUAGCCUUUUAUGUAAACUUAUGUUUGUGCAACACCAUGACUUUCAUCAAGCAAUAACAUGGCAUGACAUGCUUUAGCUCUUAUAUGGUCAAAUUGAACUGAAGUGACAUAAAAAUUACACAUGUAAAAUCGCACCCCAUCAAGCUGCUUGAGCCUAGACUUUAUUUCUAGAUUUAGGACAAAGUGGAAUUGAUAAAGGAUAUCACAAUUUCAGACAAACAACCUGCACAGCGUUUGUGUGCCUGUUUUAUUUGUGCUGGUUUAGUAUUUACAUAAAUUUUGCUAGACUCAUCCUAAUUCCUUGGUGAGCUUUGUACAAAGAAAUUUUUAUGGAAGUUGACGCCUCUAUCUUAUAUGGUAUGUAUUUGUUGCUGACUUACUGAAUUCUGUUCUAAAUGAGGGGACAUGUCCUGUAUUAUUAUAAUGAAUAGAAGAGAAAAACUAAGGAAAUGACAAUAGCAUAUGGUUGGGGACUUUCCUAUGAAUUCUGCGAACAAAGCUUUUUUAUUCAGGGAUCAUUUAUGUACGCUUUGAGAUGGCAUAUUUAAUUACAUGUAAAUUAAAUCUGUUCCUCAUGAAGAUGGGGUUCAUAGUUAAUUAAGUUACAUCUGCUCUAAUACAUUUUUGUAUCCACUCGGUAAAGGCUUUCUGCUCUCAUUCUCCCCCCUACCAAUCAUCAUUUUUUUCUCUUUACCCCCUGUUUGUGAAAGGAAAACUGAAAAUAAUAGAAAUGUAAAUUAUGA